AUGGAAACUGAUCGUCUUCAGGAGUACUUUGAGACCUUGUACAGCCAUGGUGGGCUCUUCCGAUCUCCUGACUAUGAGAUAUGCUGUGAGUUCGACCACGCGUGGUUUCAUCGGCCAACCGGCAUUGUUAUCUGGAAAGAUGCUCUUCACCUGUCCUCCAAGCAGAGUCCAAAGGUCUACUUCCACUACACCAGUCACCCAGAUCACUUUCGGAACCUCACCUCUUUGAGAGAGCCGACCGAGAUCUGGGAAGCACUGAAAAAUGGUCCAGGCGCCAAAGCCUGGUGGGGCCACGGUGUGUAUAGCCUGCCAAAGCCGCCAGAUGAGUGGAAAGACAGAGACGAACUCUUAGACAACAACUUUCGGAAUGUGAUGCGGGGCGACCUCUCUGCUCGAAGUGAAGCCUUCAUGAAAGAUGAUUUGUCAAGAAGGCUUGGGUUCUGCAUCCCCAUGCUGAUCGACGCAGAGAAUGCUUAUGAUCUGUCCCAGACUCGCACCAACGAAGCUGAAGCCUGUGGUGUGGUGCUCCACGUGGAUGAGAGCUGCGCACACGCGGCGCAGGCUCGACUCAUGGAGGUGCUCCGCCACCGGGUAGCAGAGGCGCAGGAUGCUGAGGUCUGGACUGACGCGAAAGCGCGACUGGGCCGAGCACUGCUGGAGCGAGGAAAGCACGAGGAGGCUUUGGAACACCUCCAAGAGGCCUUGGAUGCACGUGAGUUCACAUUGGGUGAAGACCAUCGUGACACCUUGGAGUCGUUGAAUUGCUUGGCGCUUUCUUUGGACUCCAUGGGCCGUUUGGACCAGGCGGAACUUCUUUACCGCCGUGCCGUUGCCGUGGGCGCUCGCGGUGCUCGCGGCUAUUCACAGCUGGAGCAAUUGACCUCCACAUGCAACCUGGGCUCCUGCUGGCGGCGCAUGGGACGCUUGCGCGAGGCCGAAAAGCUAUUGCAACCCCAGCUGCGAGCGUGCGAACGCCGCCUGGGCCGAUACGAAGAGGCUGAAGCCUUGGUCCUUCGUACACCUUCGGUCCACAUGUGUCAGACUGCCGCUUGGAGAGAGGUGGAGGAGGCGUUUGAGUCUUCUCUUGGAGCUGACUUCAUCCUGGAGCGGGAGAGUUGUGUGGAGAUCCUUCGAUGGAUCGGAGGCACACUGCAGGAGGCCAACCUUUUGCUGAAGGAGCACGACCAGCAAGGACAGCAACACCUCCGCGUGCGUGACUUCUUGAAUUUGCUCACAGGACGGAAGCCCGCCCCUGUGCAGAGCGAGGAGCUCUUGAUGCUCCAAGGCAAAUUGCACUUGACCUGGAAGUAUGUCUACCAAGAUGACUGGGAGUCCGGAAGUAUCACAGCCCAAGGUGCAAAAUCGCACCUCUUCAAUUUCACCGGGGUCUCGGCCAACAAGGCCGGUAUGGGCGCUGAUCGAAAGAUGGUGGCAGAUUUCGUGUAUCAGAAGAGCAAGAACUCCCAGUACACCCAACACCAGCUGGAUUUGGAUGCCAAGCAGCAUGCUCGAGCUGAGCAAGUGGCCUCCGAGCUCCGUGCUGCCGAGCAGCGCAUGAGCGACGCUGAGAAGGUGCAGGACCUGCGGAGCGCGGCGGCACAGCUGGAGGAGCUGGAGAAGCACCGAGACCUCUCGCGGACUCAUUGCGUCGUGGACAUGGACAUGUUCUAUGCGGCAGUGGAAAUCCGUGAUCAGCCGCACCUGGCCACCAAGCCACUGGCCAUUGGCGGAUUGGGCAUGAUCUGCACGGCCAACUACGUGGCCCGGUUGUACGGGGUCCGUGCGGCGAUGCCGGGCUUCAUCGCCGUGGAGAUGGUGCGACAGCCGCAGCUCGUAGGCGCCCAGAUGCCACCGGAUGAGCUGAUUUUCAUUCCGCCGAAUUUCGCCAAGUACACCAAGGUGGCAGAGCAAACACGAGAGGUAUUUCGCCAGUAUGAUCCGAACUUCAAGGCGUUCUCUUUGGACGAGGCUUACUUGGAUCUCACCGAUUACCUUGAACGCUCUGGCUUGGAGGCGGAGGUAGUAGUGCAGGAGAUGAGGGACAAGGUCAAGGCUUCAACCAGCCUCACCUGCUCUGCUGGCAUCGGCCCCAACCGUAUGGUGGCGAAGAUCGCCUCAGAUGAGAGGAAGCCGGAUGGUCAGACUAGAAUUUUGCCCACCCAAGAGGCUGUCUUAGCCUUCAUGGACCAGUUGCCGGUGCGGAAGAUCCCUGGCUGUGGAAAGGUUCUGGAACAUCAAAUCUCCACCAUGUUGCAGAUCUCGAGCUGCCGAGAGCUCCGUGAGCAGUGCGCGCGCGUGCGCCGGGCCUUUGCUUCCAGACCGAAGACCUGUAGUUUCCUCUUGAGAGCCGCUUUAGGGCUUUCCGGUGAGGAGUUGUCCGAAGAGGGCGAUGAGGUUGGUGCCGUGGGGAGGAAGUCACUCUCCUGCGAGCGCACCUUCCGCGCCGAAGGGCAGAAAGCCGAGCUGCAAAGCCGUUUGAAGGACCUUUGCCGCCAGGUGGCCGAGGAUAUGGCGGCCUCUGUCCCCCCGCUGGCCGCCCGUGUGGCGGCCCUCAAAGUCAAGACUACCAGCUUUGAAGUUCGAAACAAGCAGGUGUCAGUGAUGCGAGGCAUAGGUUUCAGCGCAAAUGCCACUGGGGAGGACUGCGAGGCAGCUGUGCUGCGGGUGACCCAGGAGCUCUACCAGCUCUUGGAACCCAUCUUGGAGGACUUCAUGCCCUGCACUUUGCGCCUUAUGGGCGUACGGGUCUCCUCCUUCCGGGGUCAAAAGGCACACUUGGCCAAAGGCCAACAUCAGCUGCAGAAUUUUUUUGCCAAGGCGGCCCAGCAACCACAGGCGCCAGAGGCAGUGCCAGACGUGGUGAGUCCUGUGGAGGCCGAGGUGAUCGACUUGGAUUCUGAUGAGGAGGGCCCAGAUGGAGACCAGGGGAAGCGAGCCCAGACGUCUACCACUUCGGCCGAGAUGGUUCACACCGCGCCGAGGAAGAAAAUGCGAGUCAGCGGAGUGUGUUGCCCCAUUUGUCACAAGAGGCUUCCGGUCAGUGACGCUGAUGCCCAUGUGAAUGCCCACUACGGGGGUUGA